AUGGCCAAUCCCAUCACCAAGCAGGAGCUACCUUCAGGAGGAGUUGGGUUCUUGGCAGAGCCUGUGCCACUCAAGCAGGAGCCAGGGGUCCCAUGGGGACAGGAUGAGGGCAGUGAUGCUAAGGCUGCUGGGCAGUCCCAGGGAGAUGGUGGCCAUCCAGGAACUGGGGACUCUCGGAAGCAUCAGAGGGGACGCGCAGAACACCGGAGACACACCAUCACCAACGGCGUGGACUUCAGUAUGCUGAAGCACAUGAAGGAGCUGGAACAGGAGAAGGAUUUCUUGCUGCAGGGUCUGGAGCUGGUAGAGCGCACGCGGGAGUGGUAUCACCAGCACAUCCAGCUCAUGCAGGAACGCCAGAGGCUCCUGGGGAAGAACAAAACCAGUGCUGACUUCCUUCCCGAGGGCGGCCUGGGGCGCCUGGUCCCCAAGCUGCAGGAGGUGAACCGCUGCCUGGGUGACCUCCUUUCCACUGCCAACAAGGAGGUGACCGACAAGAGCGAACGCAUCACCCAGUUGGAGCAGGAGAAAUCUGCCCUGAUUAAGCAGCUCUUUGAGGCUCGGGCCCACAAUAACCAUGAAACGAGCCAGCUGGACUCCACCUUCAUCUAG